CUGAGCGACGAACUGUUAAAACACCGAAAAUCACUACGGCUGGUCCACAAUGUUGGCCCAUGAAAGGAUAAAACUUUGGUACAGGUUUUGACGAAUGUAAUGGAAAGCGAAAAACAAACUACUGAGAGAGAGACACCGCCUCAGCACUGGAGAAGUUGCAAGUUGAUUAUUGACCCCGCAUUAACAAAAGGACUGUACAAAGUGUACCGUUAUGAUGGACAAUGUUUUAACCUACCCGUUGAGGACCUAGGUUUGUUUCCUGUGGAUACAGUUAGAGAUCCCCGCAUCUGCCGCCUGUGGAGCAAAUGCAACAAGACUGACCUGUUGGUGCCUAAAUUCAAGAUUGAUGAAUGCUACGUUGGCCCUAUUCCUCCCAAAGAAGUGACAUUUUCCAGGUUGAAUGACAAUGUAAAAGAGGCAUUCUUGACUAAUAUGUGCAACAAGUAUGGUCACGUUGAAGAAGUUGACAUAUUCUACAAUCCUAAGAACAAGAAGCAUUUAGGAAUUGCGAAAGUUGUCUUUGACACAGUGAGGGCUGCAAAGGACGCUGUCCAACACCUCAACCAGACAUCAGUGAUGGGAAAUAUUAUUCAUGUGGAAAUUGAUCCAAAAGGUGAAAACAGGGUGCGUUAUCUCCAGCUCCUCUUACGUGGCCUUUGUACUCCUUGGACAUUACCAGUGAGCAGCAGUGAGCAAAGUCUCCAAAGCUUAAUCGAUAGUCUGCUGUGUUGCGCAGCCACCCAGCAACAAGGGAGCGUCUCCAGCCCCACCAGCAUUGCUACACCUCUCUCUCUCGACACGGCCUACUCCAGUAUUUGGCAGGAUACACCUUGCAGCUUUGGGCUUACACCACGUUCUCAGGGAACCCCCCGCACUCCUUGCUUAUCUGCGACUCCUCUCUCCCAGGACUCUUGCUACUCCAGUCUUCAGGCGACUCCGGUCCUCCAGGGGGAGCCCUCCACUUAUAGUGUUCACAAACCUUUAAGACGAGAGCUCUGCCAUCGAAAACUUGCAAGGUACCACAGGGUAUCUGGUGAAGUCUCAGACGUGACCUCGAUUUUUAAGCAUUGCCAACCACAGCCACCGCUUCCUCUCUCUGCUCAAACUAGCAGCCAGCAGCUUGCACUGUGGGGUCAGGAUGGACAAAUCUCUGAACACAAUAAUACAGAGCCUUCCUUUCACCCUGCCUCUCCUGAUGAGGAUGUGGUUACGGCUACCUCUGAGGCUUUACCUCUGAACUGCAAUUCUCUCAGCAUCUUGAGCAUUAAUUUCGCAGCUGAGAGGCAGACAGCGGCGUCCUCCCCACCUGAUGACCAUGCGUGCAUAACAGAGUUAUGUCCAUCUGCUGUGAACUGUUCCUCUAGCAGCCCCCAACCAGAGGUGGAGAGCUUGGACUCCCGCAUUGAAAGUUUGUUGAUAAACAGUCAGAGUACAAGCACCUCGUACUUUCAUGAAAAAACUUUGGAGGCCGAUGUGCACUCUCAGGACAGCCCGACAUCACCUUGCUCAGCUAAUUUCUCAGAUGACUCCCUUGUUUACACUCUGCCUUUUUGUGGAUCCUUCACAUCCAGCCAACAAGGCUCAUGCAAGGAUCUGGAGGAUGUCAGUUUGACGUCCCUCCUUGAAAAUGAAGAGGAUGAAACUACCCGAGCUGUUUCUUUUCUAACAAAAAAUCCUCUGUCUCCCACUCAAUCAGAUUUCACACAUCUUGAAAGAAGGCCUGAUGUAAACAACAGGAAAGAUGCAGAAAGUUCUAUGGAACCUCAUUUAUCAAAUAAAGCCAAGGAGCACUCCAAUAACAGACACCCUGAAACUUUGACUCCCAGAAAAGAUAUCUCCUCUCUUCCACCGCUCCCGUCACUUUCUUCUCUCAGUGGUACCACUCAACUUCUUAACUCCAAACCUCCUCCUGGCAUUACGUCUGGAUGCCCCCAUCCACCAGUUACCCCUUUCCCUUUCCGCAUCCCUUCCUUUCCCCCGUCUCUUCCACCCAUCCCACCUCGCCUGCCAAAUGGCACCAUCCCCAUUCCACCUCCAGGUUGGAUCCCCCCUCCGGGCUGUCAUGCUCGGAUCCCCAUACCUCCUCCCCCUAUUCCACCUCCUCCCUGUAUUCCUCCGCCUCCUGCUUUUCUGGGACCCCCUCCACCUCUGAUGGCAUCGCCCUCUGUUCCACCUCCUGUAUGCCCCUUACCCUUACAACCUGCAGGCCUUUUGGACAAGGGCAAUCCUCCACCACCCUUACCAUUUUAUGGACCACCCUGGCCUGCCCCACCUUUGCCUAGGUUCAACCCCUUUGUGCCACCACCAGAUUACUCGCUAGUGAGGGAAAACCCUCAUAAGGUCACAGUGGAAAAGGUUUUAGAAGUGAUCGUGGAUGAACUGAAGUCAAUCAUUAAGAAAGACAUUAUACGCAGAAUGAUUGAAGGGGUUGCUUUCAAGGCAUUUGAGGACUGGUGGGACUGUCAAGAGAAGAAGACAAAGAUACUAGUUUCUUCUUCAAAAAGUGGAACAGCAAGUGUGGAAGAGAGAAACAAACUAAUAAAUCCCCUCAUUCACAUCACUGGCCAGGGCAAGAAACCUCCACUCCCCUCCUUUAAGGUAAAAAGGAAAAGAGCUUAUGAUCCUGCUACAUCAGAGGAGAUAGAAAAUGAAAGUCCUGCUUUAGAUGUGAAACAGGGGGAUGACAUAAUGGGACUGGAAUCCCAGAGACCUAAACGCAGACAUGCAAGACCACAUGAGCUUGACAGUGAUGAUGAUGAAGGGAAAGAAGAAGAUAACACACAUCAAGAUGAAGAAAUCGUAUCAGACAAAAUUGACCCAGUUGUGCCGAUUGAUGAUGAUCUUCAAAUUUUGAGUGACAGAGACGAUCACGAUGAUGGUGAUGACAGUAAUCGUGAUGAAGAAAAGGAGGUGGUACAAAAACACACAGAGAAUGAAGAUGCUUUCAUCUCUCCAACGACCAAAGGAGUGCAGGACUCAGAUAGUGAGACUUUUUCAGAGAACAGCUCCUCAGAGGGAAGCGACUGCUCGUCAGACUUUGACUCCUCCGACUCAUUCUCCUCAGAGAGCUUUGAGGACUCCUCUUACUCUGACCUCAGUCCUGAAGAUGAGGACAUGGAGGAGGGUGGCGAGGACGACAGGAGUGGUGAGUGUAUUGUGAUAUCGUCAGAUGAGGAGUCGAUGGAGCUCGAGCCCCCUGUCACCCCAUCAGCGCCCCUCACCCCUGGUUCUCAGCUAGAGCUGGGCCUGCAAGACUGGUCAGAUCCAUUUAGCAGGGAAGAGCCAGAGGAGAAUCAGUACACAAGUCAACAAGGCUUGGAUAUCAUGAUGGAACUCCAAAGCAGCGAACCACAGGACCUUCAGCCACCAUCACCAAUUGGACUUUCAGCAGUGGAGCCUGACCUUGACGUGGAGAUGGAGAGCACUGAAUGGAUGGUGGAGUCUCUAGAAAACAUAGAAAACUGUAGGCCUCUCACUCCCACUGGCUGCUUGGUCGACAGUGACCCUGACCUCCAGAUAAGAAGCAAACCAACAUCUCCAGCUGUGGAGGAGGUGGAACGACCACAGACGCCAGGCAAGGGAAUAGUAGCUGAACUAGGAAGUGAGGAAUCUGCAGAUGAAGUCCUCUCCCCAACAAGCAGUGAGCUUGUUCAGGCUCCCUCUGAUCCUCCGGGCCCAUACUUAUUAUACCAGGAUAUGCCCAAAACUCCUGGUAGAGAGAAGAGAAGUGAAUGGACUCAGUACAGCUCUAGGAGAGCUCCAGCAACUCCAGGCAGAGAGAUGACCGUAUUAGAGGGUAGCACAGUAAUAUGUUCACCUCUCAGCAGCCCACCACCUAUUUCAUCACUGCCCACCAAUCCAUAUAUCACAGCCCCAAAGACUCCUGGAAGAGAUAUAAUCCUACCGCGAAGAGCCAUAGUCCACAGGAGGAAGACACAAAUGUUGAACAACUCACGGCCUCUGUUAUGUGAUGAAUUCCUUGCAGUGUCUUCUCCAUGCAGCAUCUCUGAGUCCUCAUCUGACACUGCUGAUGGGAGGGGCGUGUGGAUCAGCUCAGGUGUGAGAGCGAAGCCCUUGCAGGGACUGGAGAAUAUGCCUGGCCUACUGGAUGAGGAGAAUAGGAGAGAGGCAGACAAAUCCUUAUCAAGGCGAAAACAUUGGAAGAGGUUAAAGAGGAGAUGGAGAAUCCAUCAACGGCAGAAAUCCCUUCAAAGAAUCACCGGUUCACUCUUCUCUUGCAGCCGUCCUCACAGGCGGCGUUCACUGUUUGACGAGAGGAGAGUCCUUCACAGUGUUUGGAAGGAGGGUCUGGAUGAAGAAGAUGCAAGGCUGCUGCAGUGUACAUAUGAACGGCUGCAAGUGCAGGAUGAUGGCUUUGGCUGGCUGAGUGACACCCUCUGGAUACCCCACCCUCUGACUAAAGUCAUCACAGAGAGGAAUGAGGAACACAACCCCUGGCAGCCAAACCACAGGACCGGCUCCGCCCGCAGUGAAGGUUUCUACAAAAUCUGCCUGAAGGAUAAAAUAAAAUACCUCAACAACACAAAGCUUGCCACCGAGCUUCCAUCUACAAGCACUCAGGGAAAGUGCAUCCCAGCUCAGCCAACUUCACUGCGUGCUGGAUCUGACUUCAGGUCUGAACAGCGUCGCCUGCUGUCCUCCUUCAGCUGUGAUAGUGACCUAGUCAAGUUCAACCAGCUCAAGUUCCGAAAGAAGAGGAUUUGUUUCAGCCGGAGUCACAUCCAUGAGUGGGGUCUGUUUGCCAUGGAGCCCAUAGCAGCAGAUGAGAUGGUGAUUGAGUAUGUGGGCCAGAUUAUCAGACAGGUCAUUGCUGACAUGAGGGAGCAGAGAUACGAGGAGGAGGGCAUCGGAAGCAGCUAUUUGUUCCGGGUCGAUCAUGACACCAUCAUUGAUGCCACUAAAUAUGGGAAUUUAGCCAGGUUUAUCAACCACAGCUGCAAUCCUAACUGCUAUGCAAAGAUCAUCACUGUGGAGUCUCAGAAGAAGAUUGUGAUAUAUUCUCGGCAGCCGAUAAGCAUCAACGAAGAGAUCACAUAUGACUACAAGUUUCCCAUCGAGGAAAUAAAGAUUCCUUGUUUGUGUGGAGCAGAUAGCUGCCGGGGUUCCUUGAACUAAUCACUGUUGGUGUCCUGCUUAUGUCUUUGUCAAGAGCCAAAGUUGCCUGAGGUACUGUGCGACAUAAACACAGACACUGCAGAUGUUUGAAAAAGAGUAAUUUUAAUAAUAUUCAAAUGCACAGUUGCUAACUGUCUGGAGGUCAUACAGGAGCUCAGAGAUGCACUUGCAGAGUGCUGGAGUGGUGCUGCUCGGUGUAAUAAUGAGUUAAUAAACUACCCUGAACAGCACUUACAACAGGAAUGGGACCAAACAUCUGGAACUUUACUUAAUCAAAAGAUGGUAUGAUUAUGAAGAAGACUCGACCUAUAAGCCCUGGUUACCACUGUCAAAACUAUUUAUUCUUUUUCUGUUUAAACAUAAGCAUAUAACAAGAUGCUACUUUUGGUUGUACAUCACAGUAUAAUAACAUAUCUGUUGUUUCACACAUACCAACUGCUGUCUUGUCCAACAUGGAGGAAAAAUAGGCAUCUCAAAUAUCAUGCAAAAAAGUCUGUUACAAUGAAAUAUCUGUUGACCUCAUUGUCCAAAUCAUAACAUACAUGUACAGUUAAAUGUUUUCAUUUAUGAGAAUUUAAAUGGUGUUAUGCUUGAGUCAAGCUUGUAUCAAUAAUACUGGUUUUCUUGUUAA